AAUCCUAAACGAACAUAUGUAGUUGGCAAAUAGCAAUGCAAUGAAGUAGCAGGCGCUGCAAUAAUAACAGUCAAACAACUGAAUGUUAUAAGUUGCAAGGUUUAAAAUUUUUAUUUUAGCUUUUUUUUUGUUUUUGAUCAAGUGACAGUCUUCAUUGAGAUUCCGUCAGGAGAGCAACGUGCAAAACACGUCUAUUGCAUUUUUUGCUUCGACGGAGUAAAUUUCACGCGCAAAAACAAAAAGUGCUGCCAUAGACAUUGCAUAUUUAGUGAAUGUGCGUCAAUUGUGGCCACAUACAAAAUAAUCUACAAGCAUUUUGCAAGGAACUUGAAACACGCGACGACUAGGAACAAAUAAAUAAUUCCCCACUGACAGCUUUGACAGUCCGGGAAGCAAAGCGGAAGGCGAGUGUUACCAAAACUAAAGAAUAAAAAAAGACUUGUGAUUGCACAUUUUGUAACAGUACUUAGUAGCGGCAACUGUAUUAAGACCACAAACAAACAAACAAACAAAUACUUUCAAUAAUGAGUGUGGACACGUAUGCGCCGAGCUCGGCGCUCUCCUUCCUGGACAUGGAUGACAAUGAACUGUUGCGCGGCGCUGAUACGCAGCCAACGCAAUAUGAUUACCGUGACUUUACCAUGCCGUCCACAUCGCAGAGCCAGACCCAGGCCGAUCAGCUGGAUUUGCAGCCACGCCGCGUAAGCGUUCAUAAUAAUGAGAUACAUCCACGGUUGGCAUCAAUCACUAACGACUUGGCUGACUUGCAAUUCGAGGAGGAGGACGAUGAGAACGGUGGCGGCAGCAAUUCUGCAUAUGUUAAGGAGCUGCCGGCGCAUGCCUGCAAAUAUUGUGGCAUACACGAUCCAGCCACGGUGGUCAUGUGUAACAACUGCAAAAAAUGGUUCUGCAAUGGACGUGGCAGUACCUCUGGCUCGCACAUUAUCAAUCAUCUCGUUCGUGCCAAGCAUCGCGAGGUGACCCUGCACGGUGACGGGCCACUCGGUGAGACCAUACUUGAGUGCUAUUCGUGCGGUGUACGCAAUGUAUUUGUUUUGGGCUUCAUACCCGCCAAGGCGGAUUCGGUAGUAGUACUGCUGUGCCGUCAGCCGUGCGCCGCACAAAAUUCGCUGAAGGACAUGAACUGGGAUCAGGAACAGUGGAAGCCUCUCAUAGCGGAUCGUUGCUUUCUGCAUUGGCUGGUGAAACAGCCCAGUGAACAGGGGCAGCUACGUGCACGUCAAAUAUCCGCCGCACAGAUCAACAAGCUUGAGGAGUUAUGGAAGGACAAUAUUGAGGCAACAUUUCAGGAUUUGGAAAAACCCGGCAUUGACUCGGAACCGGCUCAUGUGCUGUUGCGCUAUGAGGAUGGCUAUCAAUACGAGAAAACCUUUGGGCCGUUGAUUCGCCUUGAGGCCAACUACGAUAAGAAAUUAAAGGAGUCUGCCACACAAGAGAAUAUCGAGGUGCGCUGGGAUGUGGGAUUGAACAAGAAGACCAUCGCCUAUUUUACGCUGGCCAAAACCGAUUCGGACAUGAAGCUCAUGCAUGGCGAUGAGCUGCGUCUACGCUACGUGGGCGAGCUAUAUAAUCCGUGGAACGAGAUUGGCCAUGUCAUUAAAGUGCCCGAUAACUUUGGCGAUGAUGUUGGCUUGGAACUCAAAUGCUUCUCGAAUGCCCCUGUCAAAUGCACCAGUAAUUUUAGCGUGGACUUCAUCUGGAAGGGCACUUCGUUCGAUCGAAUGACACGGGCUCUACGCAACUUUGCUAUGGAUCGCAAUUCAGUAUCGAAUUACAUUUACUCACGUCUGCUGGGCCAUGGACGUGCCGAUGGCAGUGAUGAGGUGCUAUUCCGCGGGCCACAGCCCAAGCUGUACAGUGCUCCCCACUUGCCGGACCUCAACCGUUCCCAGGUGUAUGCCGUAAAGCAUGCGCUGCAGCGUCCACUGAGUCUCAUCCAAGGGCCGCCGGGUACGGGUAAAACUGUAACUUCGGCAACAAUUGUCUAUCAGUUAGUGAAGCAACACGGUGGCACGGUUCUUGUGUGCGCGCCUAGCAACACCGCAGUGGAUCAAUUAACCGAGAAGAUACAUCGCACCAAUCUGAAGGUGGUGCGCGUCUGUGCCAAGAGCCGUGAAGCCAUCGACAGCCCGGUCAGCUUUCUAGCGCUUCACAAUCAAAUACGGAAUAUGGAAACCAAUUCGGAACUGAAGAAACUGCAGCAGCUUAAAGAUGAAACCGGCGAGCUUAGCUCUGCGGAUGAGAAACGAUAUCGUAGCUUGAAACGUGGCACCGAGAACCAACUGCUCGAAGCGGCCGAUGUCAUCUGUUGCACCUGCGUGGGCGCCGGCGAUGUGCGCCUGUCACGCAUCAAAUUCACAUCGAUACUGAUUGAUGAGUCCAUGCAGUCAACAGAGCCGGAGUGCAUGGUGCCCGUUGUGCUGGGUGCAAAGCAACUGAUUCUAGUCGGCGAUCAUUGCCAGCUGGGUCCGGUGGUCAUGUGCAAGAAAGCUGCACGCGCUGGUCUCUCCCAAAGUCUGUUCGAGCGUUUGGUGGUGCUGGGCAUACGUCCAUUCCGAUUGGAAGUACAAUAUCGCAUGCAUCCGGAACUGUCUCAGUUUCCGUCCAACUUCUUCUACGAGGGUUCACUGCAGAACGGCGUCUGUGCGGAGGAUCGUCGCCUUAAACUGGAUUUCCCAUGGCCACAGCCGGAGCGUCCCAUGUUCUUUUUGGUUACGCAGGGCCAGGAGGAAAUUGCUGGCUCGGGCACAUCGUUUCUGAAUCGUACCGAAGCGGCCAAUGUGGAGAAAAUCACAACGCGCUUCCUCAAGGCGGGCAUCAAGCCCGAACAGAUCGGAAUUAUAACGCCCUACGAGGGACAGCGGGCCUAUUUGGUCCAGUACAUGCAAUACCAGGGCAGCCUGCAUUCACGUCUGUAUCAGGAGAUUGAGAUAGCCAGCGUGGAUGCAUUCCAGGGUCGCGAGAAGGACAUCAUCAUUAUGUCGUGUGUGCGCUCCAAUGAGCGGCAGGGCAUAGGCUUCCUCAACGAUCCGCGUCGCCUUAAUGUGGCCUUAACUCGUGCCAAAUACGGCAUCAUAAUUGUGGGCAAUCCCAAGGUGUUGGCCAAGCAACAGCUGUGGAAUCAUUUGCUCAACUUCUACAAGGAUCGCAAGGUGCUGGUCGAGGGCUCACUAAACAAUCUUAAGGAAUCACUCAUCCAUUUCCAGAAGCCCAAGAAACUGGUGAACAAUAUGAACAUUGGCGCCCACUUCAUGUCUACCAUGAUGGCCGAUGCCAAGGAGGUGUUGGUGCCCGGCUCCAUAUACGAGCGCACCAGCGGCUAUGGGCGACAAAUGUCAGCAAAUUCUAAUCAAUCUAUAAAUGGCGGACACUAUGCUUCAAAUUCAUAUGGACCUGGUGCCGGUGGAGGUGGUGUUGCUGCCGGGGCUGGUGGCAACAUGUCGACUCCGGCCUAUGGCACCGGCAACGGCUCUACUGGCGGCAACAACAAUUAUGGCGGCGCUAUUGGCACUGCUGGCGGCGGCAGCGGCGGUGGCAGUGGCGGCGUUGGUGGUGGCGCCUCCAAUGCACCCAGUUGGACAGCUACCCAUCUGCAUGACUCCAUUGGCUACAUAUCGAAUGACCACGGUGUUGCCGCACUGGGCAACAUGCCGGUGCCGGUGGGCAUGUUCAUGAACAUGAGCAGUCUGCCGCCCCGUUUCUAUAAUCAGCAUCAGCAAGCGAUCAUGGCGGCCAAGCAAAAUCGUGCCAUGCAGAACCAAUCUGGAUUUGCAGCUCCCAUUGUUACUGGCAAGAAGAACAAAUUGCCCAAGGCAUUGCGUGGCAGCAAUAUGAACUCAAUGCAAUCAGGGAUUGGUGGAGGUGGUGGAGGCGGUGCUAAUGCUGGUGGUGCUGGUGUUGCCAUUCGUGUUGGCAGUGCAACGGGUGUAAUGGCAACCACAACAACAACGACAACCACAACCACGGCUAUUACAUCAGCAACAACAACAAUGGCAGCAACGCCAUUCAGUCAGCAGCCGACGGCUCUGUCGCUGCAGAUGACUCAGCCGAGCGGAUUUGCAUUGUCACAGCAGCCGGAGCUGUCGCAGGACUUUGGCCAAAUCUCACAAAUGGAUGGACUGCUCUCACAAGAUGUCUCAUUCAAUGUGUCAGGCGAACGCAGUUUGAAUCAAUUCUCGCAACCCUACUGAGAUGCUCGAGGAGGUGCGCACAAUUGCAACAAUUUACAACAACAAAUACAACAAACUAAAACAACAAACAAAUUGUAAGAACUUGA